AUGGUUUCGCCAUCGACGUGUGUUAGACGCAUUCUGACGGCCGCGGUGGCCAUAGCCGCUGCGUGCUAUCUAUCAGUGGCAGAUAAUACGGCGCUGCCGAGAUCGGAGAUGCGUGGUAGCCUCGCAACUUCCUCCGUCGUCGCCCAUGACGAGGAACUGUCACCCAACCUGUGCAGAAUCCGAGAUCGCGGUUGUCUUCAAGCGGGCGCUUGGGUACAAAGGCCGGGCCAGUUGGAGGACAUCACUCCGUUCUAUGACGGCUGCGUCAAGAAGUAUUUUCACAUCUGCGCAAGACCCCAUGCUGCAUGGAAGUCCUUAGGCUUCAAUGUAUCGGCGACUGGCGCGCAAGACUGGCGAAUGAGGCGUUUGCUCUCUUGGCUCUGGGUGCCGGCGAACGCAGAUUGCAACUUGAGCACCCGGAGUUCCUUGUUGGAGUCCUUGUCUGGUCGACGUGUGCUGUUCAUAGGGGAUUCACUCACGAUGGAGCAUUUCGUCUCCCUCCGCUGUCUCGUCGGCGAUGUGGCGGUGAGGGAUGAACACCGACAAAUGGAGCCGGAACAGUCGGUUGUCUCGCUGCGCGGGGGUGGCUUCAUCCACUUUUAUCGGCUUGACCAUUUUGUCCAUGAAAGCACAGAUGUCGUCGCACCUGAUUGGCCCUCCCAGCUCGUCCAGGAGGCAGAUGUGGUUAUUCUGAACACCGGUGCUCACAAACAUGCUCGGCUCGGGGAUGGACGGAACAGGACGGCAGUUGCGGAGAUGGCCCAGACGGUUGCCAGGACGUUGCACUCGCAAAACAAGCACGGGGUGUUCAUUUUCAGAUCACACUUUCGGCCGCAUGCAAAGUGUGACGAAGUAGCUGCUCCCAUAAGCAGCCUGGACCAUAUCCCACCUACGCAGUUCAACUGGCACACUUUUGCAGAUCAAGACAACGAGUGGCGAAACGUGUUUGAGCGCAGUGGCCCACGCUUUGUAUUCUAUAACAUCACAUUGGCCACGAGUUUGCGGGCUGACGCCCACACGGUCUUGAUAAAGGCACCUGGAAAGCAUGAUUGUCUUCACUUCUGCUUGCCUGGUGUUGUUGACCUUUGGUCUUUGUAUAUCAUCAGCGACGUUUUAGAGACACUGCGGAGUUGCCAGAGUGGUGAGCUCAGAGACUCCAAAACCCCUUAA